UUUACUUGUCGACUGAUGUAACUAACUUGUGAAAUGUUUCUUGAGGAACAAAUGGAUGAAAGGUUGUCACAAAUACCCACAGAUGAACAAACCCCAGAUUCGGUAGAAGAUGUCUUUACUCAAAUACUAGGCAAAGAUGGGCAUGGCAGGGUAAGGAUGGGAGGACUUGGAACAUGCCCAACUAAGGUUAGACAAAGACAACAGUAUCAAGUGCCUCAAGAGCAAUAUGACCAAAUGCGUGCGCAAAUUACUGCCGAGCUAGAAGAAAAAUUUCAAGUUCAAAUCCAAAGUCAAGUUCAAAUGCAAGUUCGUGCAAUACUUGAGGCAAUGGGACAUAUACCACCAGCUCCAGACAAUACACCACAACCGAGACAGCCAUCUUCAUAUGCUAGUGCUUCUGCCACACAUGCAAGCACACCAUCACCCGAAGCUGAAUGCGCUGGAUUAUCGAUACCAGAAUGUGAUCAUCAUUUAGAGAUUAGUGAAUUUGUUCACUUGAUGAAUAGACGAAUACCUCGCCACAUUGUUGCUGAGGCAAUUAUUGUGUCCAUUGAUCCGACCAAGUCUGUAGGGGGAGUAGAGCUAGGUAAUGAAUUUGUUGAAAUUAGUAUUCAGAAAGUGCUUAAGCCUUUAUAUCCAUUGCCUCGACAAUUUUCUGGGAUGCGUGUUUUGAGGGAUGCUAAUAACAGUAAAACUACGAUACCAUGGAGGGUCUCAGAUAUCGAAAAAAUAUGAUAUACAAUUUUGGUUGGAGCAGCAUGGUGGUGUAAUAAAUAGUUAUCUGAGGUCACUUAGACAUGUUUUAGUUUAGG